AUGGCAGCAGUUCAAUCGAAUCAAUUUGAAAGUCUCGAAGUGAGAGAAUCCGGUAGGGCGUUGAAAAUACAAACGGAUAAUCCUCAUCUAGUCAGCAUAGGAAGCGAAAGAUUAAGCACGAACGUAACAUGGCAUCCGUUGCCAGAAGGCAAGGUUACCAUGGGCACGAGCUCAGAAGUUGAUAUUGUACUCAGAGGAACUGGAGUUCAGCCCAAGCAUUGCGUGAUAGAAAAUCAAGGAGGUGUCGUCACAUUAUAUCCCAUAGCUGAUAUGACGUCGGUAGACGGCCGACAAGUUACUUCUCCUGUUCGUCUUCGACAAGGGAGCAUGCUGUGCAUCGGACGUUCUAAUUAUUUGCGAUUCAAUCAUCCGGCCGAAGCUAAUUUGAUGAAAGAAUUUUUUCCAAACACUAGAAUUUCAAUGGCGGCACCCCUGAAUUUUUUCGGAAACGGAGACGGUGGUCAAUACGAGAAAAAACCACCGAUGCCUCCGUUUAGAAGGUCGAGAGAUUCGUUAGAGGAAGCGAAUGGCGGGAGUUCGGAAUCGUCGUCGAUGAACAACAAACAAAACAAAUUCGAAAUGUUUUCUUCGAAUUCCGGGAAAAACGUCAAAUCGAUUUCUCCAAAAGUUUUCCCUCCCGGAAGUGCCACAGUCAAUUCUCCGGCUGCAGCCGUUUUAGGACAUUCGCGCAUUCCGAACGGACUGCUAGCGUCUGCGGAUGCCAAAAACAAAAACAGUUUCCUUUCACUACCCGUGCCUUCGGAAAAUGGAACUCUCGAUUACGUGGAACCGCCCAUUCCUCAAACAAUAUCCAGCUUUCCUCAAAAGCCGUCACUUUGUAAUUUUUCACAGACUUUGUCGAGUCAUCAAACGAACGGUUCGGUGACGCCGGAAAGUGAUGCGGAAAUGAACAAAGUUCUCUCUCCAAAGGUUCCUUCUCUUCCAAGUCCAGCGUUCAAUAGGAAUCCUCCUUACGUACCUGAUAAAAAUGCCAAUUCCGCACAAAACAAAUCCUUUCAAAAUAAAUCGGAAUAUUUUGAAUCGCACACGAAUUCGUCUUCCGAUUCUUUCGCAUUCAACACGACAGGAAUCGAAGACUCAUCUUCGUCAUCAUCCACAAACAACAGAACGGAUUUAAAUUUGUUUCAGGAUGAAAAAACAGGAGGACCGGAAAAACCGAGACUGGACGAUAUUUUAAACAUGUGCGCCGAGUACGAAAGGCAAAUUCAAAACGAGCGACAAACAAAAGUUGUUCCGACGACGCCCACGUUGCAACAAAAUAGAAUCAAAACGAACGGUUCGCUUCCGAGAGAAAAACGAAACAACGGUUUACCUUCACCUUUGGCAGGGAAUUCGGAUGACGAAUUCGGUCAAGUAUUCACGUUCGACUCGCCGAAUUUGCCGAAUAAUUCGGGAUAUUGCCUUUACGAUAACGUUCACGUGAUCAACGGCGUCCUUCAAAGCGAAAGUAAUCCAGAAUCGUCUCGUUUGCACGAAAGUUCAUCGAACGUCGUCGAAGGACAGGAACAAUACGAUAUAUCGUCGGUCGUGAGCAAGCACGUGUACGUUGAAAAUACCCUCGUUAUAAAUCCUCAAAAUCACGAAAAGGUUAUACCGCCACAAAGUCCUCGUACAAGAAUACGAACGACCGUUCGGGAUCAAUCGAAAGAGGCAACCAAUCACGCUCUUAGAAAAUUAUCAGGAUUUGACGAUUACGACACGGCAGAUCCAGUAAAAUACAGGGAUAUUUCGCCCAACAUGCAAAAUAGAAAAUACCUUACUCCGAAAUCCGAGAGGGACAUACUCAGAGUUAAAAAUAAUGAAAAUGCCAAAGAAAAUUUAUGCGAAACUGAAAGUUUUCUAAGACAGAAAAAACCUUCGGUCGAUUGGGGAAAACUCAAAGUGGAAAAAUCUACGCUGUUGGGUAUCGUUACUAGACUGAAAUCGGAUAUUAAUAAUUUAGAACAACAAGAAGAGGAAGUACUCAGAGAGAUUAAAAUGGAAAUGGCUCUUCUCAACGCUGAAUAUUUAUCCGAAAAAGAAAAGCAAAAAUUGGACGAAGAAAAACUCGAUUCGCUGAGAGAUAAGCAAAAACAACUCGACGUCGAAAUAGAUCAGUGCAAGAGUCGAGAUACGGAAACGCAAAGGAAUUGCAACGAAAGAAUAAUGGAAUUGAAAAAAGAAUUGUCGAAAAUGGAAGAAAAGCUGGGAGAGGAAAAAGAAUUUUCCGAAGACUAUAAAAAUUCCGUUGAAAAAUUAGAAGCGGAAAGGAAAUUGUUCGAAGACAUAGAAUUCAAGCAUUUGGAAGAAGAAGCCAAUUGGUUGGCGACCAAAGAUGAACUUCAGAGAGACGUGAACGAAAUAAGUAAAAAAAUAGACGAGAGAAAGAUGAGACUUUCGGAACUCGAAGAUCAGAUAAGAGACGUUGAAAAAUUAUCGCAAAAAGAAAGUAACUCGUUGGAACUUCAAAAAAUUAAAUUACAACAAAAAAUGGAAGAAGCCAGAAAGAAAUUAAAAGAAUUAGACGUUAGAUUAUCCGCGGAAUCUAAUCCGGAUAACAUUUCCGGUUCUGAAGAGGGUUCCAUAAAUUCAAAAGACAAUCAACGUUCGAAACGUUCUCAAGAGGAUUUAGUCAGAAUUAGUAAAGUGACGUCAAAUGCGCCCAUCGAUGUUGGCAAAACUGGAUCACUCGGAAGGAAAACAUUAGAAUCGUUGAAGGAAAUUGAAAAGAAUCGACAGUUGCACCUGGCUAAACAGGGUAGUCACGUUAUCGAAGAGGAGAGGAAAAGAGUUGAGCAAUUGAAAAGAAGAGCACAGGAUGAAGUUAGAGCACAGUGGGAGCAAAGUCGUCAGAGAGAAUGCAAUAGUUUAAACAGCGUCGGGAGCGAAGAAUCCAACGUCACCUGCAGCGAUCAUCCAACAGAAAGUGCAAGCAGUGACGACAUUGAAAAGUCUUUGCCUGGAGCCAUUUUAUCACAAGACGCAAGAAGUUCGGCAAGUUCUUACGAUAAGGUAAGCCAAUCAUCUUUUUUACUGUAUGUAUGA